AUGGCAUCCGUCACAGACGCCUACAUCGGGGAGACGCUGCAGCCCUUGACCGCGGACAUGGCCAGGGAUGCACUCCAUGCCAUGCCGGAGGCCCCCGCGGACUUCAUCUUCCAGUGGCUCCGCCAGCGGGUCCCAAACCACGAAGGGCCGAUGUCCCUCCGUCGUCGCAACGAGGCACUGAAGCAGGAGCCGAUGAGAGGGUUCCGCGGAAGGAGCUUCAGGGCUCCAGCAAAGGGCAGAGGGGAGUGCAGAGGGCCGGCCUCCGACCCAACCACGGGAACCGGACCGAAACGGGGCUGA